UCUUACAGUUCUCACCAUCGAAGCCGCUUCGAGAGAGAAACAGAAGCAGUGAGAGAAGAUGCCGGCCGGUCACGGAGUGAGAUCCAGAACUAGAGACCUGUUCUCUCGGCCCUUCAGGAAGAAGGGGACGAUCCCGCUGACGACGUACCUCAGGACUUUCCGCGUCGGAGACUACGUCGACAUCAAGGUUAACGGGGCCGUCCACAAGGGCAUGCCUCACAAGUUCUACCAUGGUCGGACCGGCCGUGUCUGGAACGUCACCAAGCGCUCCAUCGGCGUCGAAGUCAACAAGCAGGUGGGUAACAGGAUAAUCAGGAAGCGAAUUCAUCUGCGUGUAGAGCAUGUUCAUCCUUCAAGAUGCAAACUUGAAUUUAAACAGAGAAUAAAAAGGAAUGAUGAACUGAAGGCUGAGGCUAAGGCUAGAGGAGAGACCAUCAGCACUAAGAGGCAGCCAGAGGUCCCUAAACCAGGUUUUAUGGUGGAAGGUGCUACUCUGGAGACUGUCACACCCAUACCGUACGAUGUGGUCAAUGAUCUUAAGGGUGGCUACUAGGUUAGCCAUUUCUUGCUGUGAUCUCGUUUGGUUUCUAUGUGCUUGUGGACAACUAAAAACACUCGCUUUUCUUCUAUGUUUCAAUUAGACAUUAGUUGUUAUGAUUAAGAGAUCAGGAGACUCGUUUAUUUCCAAUUUUGCAGUGGGAAUGAUGUCCCAGAUUUUUGCUAAUGUUUGUGUCUUUCAAAGUACUUACUGGUGGGGUCUUAGUUGAGGAAUGCUUGUUCGUUUGUGUUAUCAUUGUUCCAUGGGGAAAAGAUUGAUGACCAUCUUCUCGGUCAUUAACUUUUUUACGGCCACUGAGUCUGUCAGCAAAUGGAACUUGUAGAAUUUGGAUU